UGUGGCAUGUUAUGGAGGAGUGUUGUAAAAUUGUAAUGAAAAGAAAGAUAGACCAUGUCAAUGAUAUUGAGAUUGAGGAUGAGAAUGAUAACAAUGAGACAUUCACUACGAAUUCACAACAAAAGAUACCAUCAACCAGAGCAUGUUCAUUCGGAUGCCUUUGUAAUUUCUCCGACGACCCUGCACAUCCCACAAUAUUGCAACCACAAUCACUACUACCUUCACCUUCUUCGUUCAUGCAAACACUUGAACCCUUUGUUCCAAAUCCAUGCUCGUUUAAUUGUCACAGAACAAUGCACCUUGACUCAAUCUACACCUAAAUCAAUUACAAACCCAUCUCUGGUUCUGUGGAACUCAUUGAUUAGAGCCUAUUCUAGACUCCGUUUAUUCCAGGAAGCAAUAAAAUUGUAUCAUACAAUGUUAUGUGUGGGACUUGAACCUGACAAGUACACAUUCACCUUUGUUUUGAAGGCUUGCACUGGUGCUUUGGACUUCCAUGAGGGUGUUGCCAUUCACCAAGAUAUAGCUUGCAGGGAGUUAGAGUGUGAUGUCUUCAUUGGGACUGGACUUGUUGUAAUGUACUCUAAGAUGGGUCAAUUGGACAGUGCAAGAAAGGUGUUUGAUAAAAUGCCCACGAAGGAUGUUGUUUCCUGGAAUGCAAUGAUUUCGGGGUAUUCUCAGAGCUCAAACCCUGGUGAAGCAAUGGAAAUAUUUCGGAGGAUGCAGAUGGAGGGUGUGGAGCCUGAUUCUGUGAGCAUCUUGAACUUGGCUCCGGCUGUUUCUAAACUAGAGGAUGUUCGUUGUUGCACGUCUAUAAAUUGUUAUGUGAUUAGGAGACGUGUAUUUGGUGUGGUUUCUAACUCAUUGAUAGAUAUGUAUUCAAAAUGUGGUGAGGUAAAUUUGGCUCGUCGGAUAUUUGAUGAGAUGCAGGUUAAAGAUGAUGUCUCGUGGGCAACGAUGAUGGCUGGAUAUGUGCAUCAUGGCUGUUUCUUUGAGGUGCUUCAAUUACUUGAUAAAAUGAAACAACAACGUAUGAAGAUGAAUAAGGUAUCGGUUGUAAAUUCCCUUUUAGCGGCUGCGGAGAUGAGAGACCUAGAAAAAGGGAAGGAUGUUCAUAAUUAUGCUUUACAUGAAGGGAUGAUGUCAGAUAUUAUUGUUGCUACUCCUAUUGUGUGCAUGUAUGCAAAAUGUGGUGAGUUGAAAAAAGCUAAAGAGUUGUUUCUUAGUCUUAAAGGAAGAGAUUUGGUUGCUUGGUCUGCCUUUUUAUCAGCUCUCGUCCAAGCAGGAUUUCCUGGAGAAGCACUGUCUAUAUUCCAAGAGAUGUGGCAUGUAGGUUUGAAACCAGAUAAAACGAUUCUGAAAAUUCUUGUUUCUGCAUGUGCAGACAUUUUAAAUGCAGGGUUAGGUAAGAUUGUGCACUGCCACACUAUUAAAGCAGACAUGGUGUCUGAUAUUUCAGUUGCAACAACCCUUGUCUCGAUGUACACUAGAUGUGAAUUAUUUAUGUAUGCUAUGGCGUUAUUCAACAGAAUGCGGUAUAAAGAUGUUGUGGCAUGGAAUACCUUGAUAAAUGGGUUUACCAAAUUUGGUGACCCACGUCUUGCCUUCGAAAUGUUCCAUACAUUACAGGUUACUGGGGUUCAACCAGAUAGUGGAACCAUGGUGAAUUUGGUUUCAGCUUGUGCCCUUCUGGAUGAUCUACAUCUAGGAACCUGCUUUCAUGGAAAUACUAUAAAGACUGGUUUUGAAUCUGACUUGCAUGUAAAAGUUUCUCUAAUAGACAUGUAUGCCAAAUGCGGGAACCUUUUCUCAGCUGAGAACUUGUUUCAAUUAAUCAAGCAUGUAAAGGAUGAAGUACCUUGGAAUGUGAUGAUUGCCGGGUACCUGCAUAAUGGAGGUGCUAAUGAAGCAAUUUGCACUUUUAACCAAAUGAAAUUAGAGAGUGUAAGGCCCAAUUUAGUCACAUUUGUGAUCAUUCUUCCGGCUGUAUCAUUUUUGUCAAUGUUAAGAGAGGCCAUGGCUUUUCAUGCCUGCAUAAUUCGAAUGGGAUUUAUAUCUAGUACCCUGGUCGGAAACAGUCUUAUUGAUAUGUAUGCUAAAUGUGGACAACUAUGUUAUUCAGAGAAAUGCUUUCAUGAGAUGGAAAAUAAAAGCACGAUCUCCUGGAAUGCAAUGCUUUCAGGUUAUGCAAUGCAUGGCCAAGGUGAACUUGCCCUCGCACUUUUUUCACUUAUGCAAGAGACCAAUGUCCAUGUUGAUUCACUUUCCUACCUCAGUGUAUUAUCUGCCUGCAGACAUGCUGGUUUAAUUCCAGAAGGAAAGAACAUUUUCCAUUCCAUGACUGAGAAGCACAAUCUUCAACCCAACAUGGAACACUAUGCCUGCAUGGUUGAUCUUUUAGGCCGUGCUGGUUUAUUUGACGAAGUUUUGAGUUUAAUUAAUGGAAUGCCAACAGAACCCGAUGCUCAGGUCUGGGGUGCCCUCUUGGGAGCAUGUAAAGUGCAUUCCAAUGUGAAGUUAGGAGAGGUUGCCCUUCAUCACCUCCUUAAACUUGAACCAAGAAACGCGGUUCAUUAUGUAGUUUUGGCAGAUAUAUAUGCUCAAUGUGGUAGGUGGGUCGAUGCCAGGACAACAAGAUCAAAUAUGAUCGACCAUGGAUUGAAGAAAAUUCCCGGAUAUAGUUUGGUUGGAGCUCAUAAGCAAGGACAAUUCCUUUCUGGCUAGUGGCAAAUCCCAACCAAACCACUGCUACAACAUGCAAAUACAGAACAACUUGUUAUAACAUGUUUUGACAAAAAGAAAUAGUUGUUAGCAUUCUGAUAGUCUCACUUUUUUCGGCACAUGGCAAACAAAUAUGUAUAUUAGAAAAGUAUUAUGCAAACUUCAAUCAUUCAUUUGAUAUUUUACAUGUAACCAUAGUAUGAAACGAAACCAGUAGAAUAACUUAUGGUUUGCUUUGGGACCAAGUCACCAAGCAGCAAGUUUCUGUUGAUGUAACAAUAUAGAAACUAAGCUUCAAAACGCCUAGUUUGAGCUUUUUAAGAUUAAACAUGUU